UAAUGAUGUACAGUAUGUUUUGGCCUCCUAAUACCUGAAGAAUUGUUACGCAACAGAUUGCGGGGACACGCCCCCUCCUAAGGACAUUACUCUUAAUAAUGGCCGGUAUUAUAAUAAUGCAUAUAAUGAUCGCUCUUUAACCAUGAGCAGCACUUUUUAAUACGCUGUAUUGAUUUCUUGUGUGCAGGAUUUCUAGCCGUACACUCGCACUCGGUUAUACUUCCACACGAGAACUCAUGCAUCCACGACUCAGUGUAACUCAGUGACAUUAAACUUUUCACCACCUGCAAUGGGACAUUUCCCUGUGUUGGCUCGAGCCUCUGUGACGUGGGACAGCGGAGGGACCUCGGAGGAGGUUCUCACUUCCUGCGUGACGAUGGUGGUGGUGAUGAUGGUAGCGACGAUGAUGAUGAUGUUGAUUGAGUUAUGUUAAUUACAUAAGCAAAACGUAAAUGAUUCGCGGGAAAAAGUAAAAAAAAAAAAUGGCGACUUGCACAGUGUGAAAGUUUGUCGUCCGCGGCACCGCCGGGCCGUAUCUUCACGCACAGUUGAUGGGACAUUAUGCAAGAGGAGUGAAGUUAGUGUUGGUGUAGAUUUGCCUACGCGUUGGAGCGGAACUGAAGGUGUGAAUGCACGCCACCAUGUUGGAGGCCUCCUACAGAGAUGUGUACUGCUCCGGUGGACGUGAGCAGCUGGAGCCUAAGCAGUCACCUCAGAGCAGAGGCAGAAGCUUCAUGGACCUGGAGACAAGACUGACCGAGGGGCAGUAUGUCCUCUGCCGCUGGUCUGAUGGCCUGUACUACCUGGGCAAGAUUCAGAGAGUGAGUCCUUCCAAGCAGAGCUGUUUUGUCACCUUUGAAGACAACUCCAAGUUCUGGGUCCUGUGGAAAGACAUACAGCAUGCUGGUGUUCCAGGGGAGGAGCCCAAAUGUUAUGUGUGUUCUGGAAUGACACUGAUGUUGGACAACAAGAUCCUCAUCUGCGGCAAAUGCGGUAUAGGAUACCACCAGCAGUGCCACCUGCCUCGGGUAGAGAGCUUCCAUGAUUCGUCCCCUUGGUUCUGCCGAAAGUGUAUCUUCGCCUUAGCUGUGCGGAAAGGAGGUGCUUUGAAAAAGGGCCCUAUAGCCAAAGCCUUACAGGCCAUGAAGCAAGUGUUGACUUACAACCCAGAGGAGCUGGAGUGGGACUCUUUGCACCGGACAAACCAUCAGCAGUGUUACUGCUACUGUGGGGGGCCGGGGGAGUGGUACCUGAAGAUGCUGCAGUGCUUCCGAUGUCAGCAGUGGUUUCACGAGGCUUGCAUCCAGGGUUUGCAGGAGUCCAUGAUGUUUGGAGACCGGUUUUACUUCUUCAUCUGUGCAGUGUGCAAUAAAGGAGUUGAAUACAUAAAGCGCCUGGCUUUAAGAUGGGUGGAUGUGGUGCACCUUGCCCUCUACAAUCUGGGAGUCCAGAGCAAGAAGAAGUACUUUGAGCUGGAGGAGAUCCUCAACUUCAUCUCCACCAACUGGGAGCACUUCCAGCUGGGAAAGCUUUCCAAUACUCCCCUGUCGGAGAGAAGCCAGUACCUCAUUGAUGCUCUCAACAACUAUAAAAGCAAGUUUCUCUGUGGGAAGGAGAUCAAAAAAAGAAAAUGUAUCUUUCGUUUGAGGACACGGGUUCCCCCCAACCCCCCCUCCAAGCUGUUUCCCGAGAGGGUACAGAACGGCAAGGGCCGGGAGGGUUGCAAAAGCAGCCGAGGCAGGAACAGCUCAAUCCCCCCAGAAUUCCUGGUCCAGAAGAGAAGGAAGAAGAAGCGUUUCAAGUGGUUGCUGGAGGAUGCCAUUCCCAAUAAUGACCUGACGACUUCCUGGAGCGCCAACCACCACAUGGCCAGCAUAUUUGACUUGGAUGAGGUGCAGAGUUUGAAAAGUACCAGUUCAGGACGGACUUUCAGUCUGGAUCUUGACUCCACAGAUGCGGCCAGUACAUCAGGAUCAGCCACCACGAGCGUGUCCUACGACUUCCGAAAGAACGUGGGCAGCCGGAAGCGGAAGUUGCGCACCUCCAGCUACACGCCACUGGCCACCAAGAGGGCGGUGCCAGGGAACGAGUUGGGCCCGAGUUCCCUGGAGGCUGAGGAUACCACAGAGCCGCUGGACAGCACCAAUGACAGCCACACUUUCGAGAGUAUCAGCGAGGACGACUCUUCUCUCUCACACCUGAAGUCAUCCAUCACCAGCUACUUUGGUGCAGCUGGUCGGCUCACCUGUGGUGAGAAGUACCAGGUGCUGGCACGCCGCAUCACCCCUGAGGGCAAGGUCCAGUACCUUGUGGAAUGGGAGGGCACAACACCUUACUGACUGAGCUCAUGGAAUACGUAGUUGAAGGAGGGCAUAGUUCCCCCCGCCACGGGCUCCAGGAAUAGAUUGGCAGCCCUUUUGCCACCUUAUUCAUUCCAGUUAUUCUUCUUUCUUUCUUCUAAGUCUUGACUUCCUCUGAGCUGCUCUGACUGCCUUCUUAUGUUGUAUUCAUUGAAACUACUGCAGCCCCCUUGUCCAUCAAUUGUUAAUGAGAGAGGAUCCCAAGAGAAGGUAGCACUUACAGGCUGCUGCUGCCCCCUAGUGGCCAGCAAGAGUCGUGCACACCUGUGCCUGUGCCAGUGUGUAGCAAGCAGUCUAUACUGCAGGCAGAGGACAUUGACACAGUGUGAGCAGGCCAGGACUAGAACAGUAGCUGCUCCAAAAGGUCCCAGGUAUGUGGAAAGCCACAUGCUUGUAUUUUCAAGCAGUUAUGGGAGAUGCUCAGUAUAAUAAUAAUAAUAAUAAUAAUAUAUUGCUGUGAUUGAUGAUCUGUUGCCUAGACCCUGACAUAUCAUUUGUUAACCAUGGAAGUGCAGUGUAAUAGUAUUUUACAGUUACUUUACUUUAUAAACAACAUUUCUGAAAAGUGUAGAUGGAUUCAAGCUGAACCUUCAGUUGUCCACUGAAGGAAAUCCUUUAUAGGACUGUACUCCAAACAUUUUCUGGAAUAUGAGGCCCCUACCAGAAGUGUCAGAUUAUAAUUUUCUACAACCCUUGCAGAAUGUUAUUUUAACAUGGAAAAGGGAUUUAGUUGAGAAUGCACACAAUGCAUGCUGAAUGACUGUUUUCUGUAGCUGUCAGACUAAUAUGGAAGGAGAAAGUUGCCAUCUAAAAUGGCAGAAAUAAAGUUAAAUCAUUUUAUUUGGCUGUGAGCCUGAAAUGUUUCCUCUGUGUUUCCAAACAUAUAUGCACACCCUAUGAGAAGAGGCUGCAUAGCCCUUGAGCCCCACAGCAGCCAGGCCCUCAUAAAAUGGUUUAUGUGCCACUUCCCAGCAGACACCCACAGGAGUGAAAAACCUGUGUUUCCACGAAUUAGUGGUUAAAGGCUCUACUUCCCCUAGGAGCCUCAGCACUGACCUCUAAGGUGAUGUUACCUUCGUCUCAGUUUUCUUAGUGCAAAAUGAAAGGACC